AAGUCCGCGCAAACAAUGCAAUAUUUCCCCAGAUCGCUGUUUUUAGUGUUGUUCCUGGUACGUGUCUGUCAGAGCCGCCAGGAGAACCGAUGGACCGGACAGGCGGAAGUUCACAAGCGGGGCGCGUAAGUACUGCGGACGUGGGAUGUCGUUUUAUUACUGCCGCACGUUUAACUAAGAAAGCAGGGGGCGCGUCUUUCAAUUACACUGUAUCGCUUGCACAUGAAACGAUAUUUAAUGACAGUGGAUUACCUUACAUUUAAGAAUGUGUUUAUUUCGUGUUGCAAUACAAGAUCAAUAUAUACAUUCGCUACCUUUUUCUAAUUCUGCAAUUAUACUGUGAUACGGGUAUCGACAAUGUACAUAUGAUUAUCAUAUACAAAAUUUGAGUUCAUAAGAUACUAAUUUGCUUAAAAAUAUAAAAUAACAAACGUAAAAUCAGAUUAAUUUUUAAAAUCCUCUUUUUUAUGUGUGUAUUUAAAUGGUUCUGUUGUAAUUAAUAGUGUAACGUUAUUGCCCUAUCGCAUUAGAUCCAUUGAAUGAACUUCAUUCCAGCCACACGAGUCCAUGUUGCGCGUAAAACCCGAAGAUGUUUCACUCGGGCAUUUACAAACGUGGCGCUAUGGAGACGUAUAAAUAGUGUGGGGGGUAUGUUUAUAUUACAUUUUGGGGAUCAAAUGUUCCCCACAAUGUAAUAAAACGCUGUUGCUUUGAGGUUGUCGGGAAUAUUUUAAGGUCCCCACAAAGAUAUGUGAAUGCAAUCGAAAAACUUAAAAUGCCAAAAUUCUCGUAUUUGGUUUGGUUAUUUAUGAUUAAGGUUAGGGCUGGGUAGGGGUUAAGGUCGUCAUGUUGGGAUUACAGUUUUCCCCAUAGAAAUGAAUGGAGAGUCCCCACAAAAAUAUAAUUACAUACCUGUGUGUGUGUGCGUGCCAGUGUAACAUUAUAUUUGAAUACAGUUUGUAGCCUUUCCGCAUGAAAUAUUGUUAGUUAUGGAAAUUAAAUUGUGAUGAGAUAAUUUGGGACUUAAGCAUCCCUCAAUUUUCAAUUGGGACUUGAGGACCGUGCUGGACCCAAGCCGGUGCUGUUUUGUGAGGCAGUAUCUGGCACGGCGUUCAUGGAUAUGGGUUCGAGCCCCCUUAAUGCUGCUGCCCUGCUUCUUGAGUUGAGGUACUUAAGUUAAAUCUAACUGUUGCAAAAUUUCCCGCUGUAUUUAAUGUUUUUUUUCAGUAUAAGUUGCUUUGGUUAAAAAGUUUCUGCUUAGCUACUGCGCAUAUAGGCAAAGUGUUUGUGAAGAUCUCUGUAAUUAAUUCCUUUCCCGAAGAUAAGGAUGGCCUCUGACACAAUAACCGUCUCAAGUAGCUCGCAGAAGCACUAAUAGAAGCAAAUUCAAAUAAUCUGCUGUAAUAUUUUAUAGACUUAUUUAAAAACGCUUGCAUCUGAUAGUUAAGCAUAUUCACGUGUUUCUGCAGCCGAUUGUCAAGGUCUGGCGAUGCCACUAAAACACGCAAGAUAAAGACUGAGCAGCUGCUGCGAAUCGACGAUCACGAUUUUACCAUGAGACCGGCGUUUGCAGGACUUCACCAUGACCCUGUACCUGCGGCACUACUGGAAAGACGAGCGGCUGGCCUUUCCCAGCACCAACAACAAGAGUAUGACAUUUGAUAGCCGACUGGUGAAGAAAAUCUGGGUGCCCGAUGUCUUUUUUGUUCACUCUAAGAGGUCCUUCAUCCAUGAUACCACCACAGACAACAUCAUGCUCAGGGUGUUUCCUGAUGGACACGUACUGUACAGUGUGAGGGUCACUGUGACAGCUGCGUGCAACAUGGAUUUCAGUCGCUUCCCACUGGAUUCACAGACAUGCACCUUGGAGCUGGAGAGCUAUGCCUACACUGACGAGGACCUCAUGCUCUACUGGAAGAGUGGUGAUGACUCCCUGAGCACCGAUGACAGGAUCUCUUUGUCUCAAUUCCUUAUUCAGAAGUUUCACACCACCUCCAGGCUCGCUUUCUAUAGCAGCACAGGCUGGUACAAUCGGCUGUACAUCAGCUUCACCCUGCGUCGCCACAUCUUCUUCUUCCUGCUGCAGACCUACUUCCCAGCCACGCUGAUGGUCAUGCUCUCCUGGGUGUCCUUCUGGAUCGACCGCCUGGCCGUCCCUGCCAGGGUCUCCCUCGGCAUCACCACGGUGCUCACCAUGUCCACCAUCAUCACCGGAGUCAACGCCUCCAUGCCGAAGGUCUCCUACAUCAAAGCCGUCGACAUUUACCUGUGGGUCAGCUUCGUCUUCGUCUUCCUGUCCGUUCUGGAGUACGCUGCAGUGAACUACCUGACCACCGUGCAGAAUGGGAGAGAACAGAAGCUUCGGGCAAAGGCCAAAGAGCAGUCCCUGCCCUGCACCUGUGGCCUGUCCCACGCUCGGACCAUAAUGCUGGACGGGACGUACAGUGAGGUGGACACCAGCAGCCUGGCCAGCUACACGCAGCCUCCCGUCGUGCCCGAUGAGGUGCCGGACAAACAGGAGUGCAUGGUGGUGCACCUAUCUGUCGACAGAGAGUCAACAACGACUGCGGCCAAGAAGAAGGACCAGCGGGGUCUCAGCCUCCUCCAGCACAGCCACGCCAUCGACACCUACUCCCGCAUGGUCUUCCCAGGGGCCUACAUCAUCUUUAACCUCAUCUACUGGUCCAUUUACUGCUGAGCUCAGACCCGGCUGGGAGACGUAUCUGGAUACACAGCACACCUCAAUGGGAAAUCCUGCAGUGACAGAACUUACGGAGAGUCAUAUGGUUCUUGUUGGGCCAUCCUGGAUUGUCACCAUUAGGUACAGCCAAUGGCAUCCAUUCAUCAGUAAGAAUAGUGAGAAUACUGACGACUAUAUUGAUAAUGUGUGAACUGUUUCAGAUCCUCGCACUGGUCCUACAUACAGUGUGUGAUGAGUCAGGCCACUUUCAUCAUCUUGCCAUCAGUAUCAGUCAUUUUCUUAGGUUUGGCUUGACAUCCGCACAUUAUAACUACUCAUACAUGUUAUGCCAUCGCCGUCCUGGCUGAGCAAUGGGACCAAGAUUUAAACUCUCUGCAAUACAGGAAAACAUUUCAAAUGUGAGCAUAAACAAACAACCUCUUAGGCAUUUGUUCCACUCUCCGACAAUGUGAAUUGAAGUUUGCAUACUUUAUACAGAACUCAUUUAAUCAAAGAUUCACUGCCAUUGAAGUAUUUUAAUUAUUUUGUGUUUAUGUGUUUUAUUAUUUAAUACACCAUUAUACCGUGACACUA